UUUUCCCCUUCUCCCCUCCCCCCUCCCCCGAGCUGGAGGGGUCUUGAGGUGACAGCGCCUGCAACUGCGACUCCAGCAGGAGAAGAAGAUGGGCAAGAGGAAGCUCGGACGACGGCGAUCUUCACCCGAAAUUGUCACAGAAGGAAAAAGGAAAAAGUCUUCACAGUCUGACUUAUCAGAGUUUCAGAUAAGAAAGAUGUUAAAUGCAAAACCAGAAGAUGAUCAUGUUCAGUCACCACUGUACAAAUUGAGACGCUCAGAAUGCUGGGAUCUCCCUUUGCAGGGGUGGAAAAGAAGCUUAAGAAAUAAAGUCAUCUCUCGAGAUCAUAAAUUAAAAAAAAUUGUCCAUGGGUGCACUGUCACUUCCAAGUUAUCACCAGAAAGGCAACUCAAAGUUAUGUUGACGAAUGUCCUAUGGACGGAUUUAGGACGAAAAUUCAGAAAGACCCUACCUAGAAACGAUGCUAAUUUAUGUGAUGCCAACAAGGUACAAUCAGACUCAUUGCCUUCGACAUCUGUUGACAGCCUAGAGACAUGUCAAAAAUUAGAACCUCUUCACCAAAGCCUUAAUUUAUCUGAAAGGAUACCCAGAGUUAUAUUGACGAAUGUCCUGGGAACGGAGUUAGGAAGAAAAUACAUAAAGACCCCACCUGUAACUGAGGGAAGUUUGAGUGGUACAGACAACUUGCAGUCAGAGCAACUUUCUUCAUCAUCUGAUCGCAGCCUAGAAUCUUGUCAAAAUCUAAAUCCUCACAAGAGCUGUUUUUUAUCUGAAAGGGGUUCACAGUCAGGAAAGCAGAUAGCACGCAGUAAAGAAAAGCGAAGAGAUGAUGAUGACCCUUCUGUUUUAAUGUCUGAUUCUGAGCCUAAAGACCUUAACAAUGGCAGUGAUCAUCUUGAAAAGGGCAGUAGAAACAAGGAUGUUACAUGUUCUGAUUUUAAAAUGGAACCUGCUCAGAUUUCCAGGAAGACAAAAAAGAAGAUGAGAAGUAAUUUACCUAAUUCUUGUAAUUCUAUUCCUUCUUUGGAUAUGUCAACAGAACAGAUAAAAGAACAAGAAAAUGACUCAACAGUAUGCACUGAAUUUGAAAAGUCAAGUGAAAGCUAUCAACAGGACUCAGAAAUGCUUGAAGAAAUUAUACCUAAACAUAUAGAAAGUGAUUUUCCUAAACCACCCUCACCAAAUAGUCAAGAGGUGGAUUUGAGUGCUGCCUCCAAAAGUGCCUCUGCCUGUUCAACCACCGAAACUUUUGAGAGCUCUAUUUUCAGUGAUACUGUGGUUGAGAAGGAUGAGAGUGAGUUGAAUACAAUAGAAAAGCCUAUUCUAAGUGGACACAGUGAAGGGAACCAUUCAUUCAUCUCUGCUGAACCAAUUGUUGUUUCCAGUGAUGAAGAAGGACCCAUCGAACAUAAAGAUUCAGAAAUUCUUAAAUUACAACCUAAGCAAGACUAUGAGAUCACUAAUGAAAAUCAGAGUACCUCAGAAUCAGUGUUGUCAGAAUUACCAUUGACUACAUGUGAAUCUGUACAGGCAUCAUCUGAAUCAUGUCCAUAUAAUCCUGUCAUGGAAAACAUUUCCUGUAUUAUGCCUAGUAAUGAGAUGGAUCUACAACUGGAUUUCAUUUUUACUUCUGUCUAUAUUGGUAAAAUAAAAGGAGCUUCAAAAGGCUGUGUUACAUUCACAAAAAAGUAUGUAAAGAUCCCAUUUCAAGUAUCUCUGAAUGAGGUUUCCUUGCUAGUGGAUACCACACAUUUAAAAAGGUUCGGGUUAUGGAAAAGUAAGGAUGAUGAUCACAGUAAAAGGAGUUCUGCUAUCCUUUUCCUCUGGGUUGCUUCAAAUUAUCUUCAAGAGAUUCAGACCCAAUUAGAAAACUCUAUAUUAAGCCAUCAGUCAAAAUCCAGUGAAUUCAUUUUCCUUGAGCUACACAAUCCUAUUUCACAAAGAGAAGAAUUGAAAUUGAAAGAUAUUAUGAUGGAAAUAAGUGCAACCAAUGGAGAAUUAGAGCUUUCUUACCCAUUGUCUUGGGUUCAGGCACUUCCUUUGUUUCAGAGCCUCUCUUCAAAAGAAAGUUCUUUUAUUCAUUAUUACUGUGUUCCAACUCAUUCUUUCUCUGCUCCUGCUGCUGCUAUUGAAGAAGUGAAGAUGAAAUCAAUAUCUCAGCCCUUUAAUACAGAUGCAACCAGACCUACCUACACCUUCCUGCAGAAGCAAAGUAGUGGUUGCUACUCAUUUUCUAUUACAUCUAACCCAGAUGAAGAAUGGCAAGAAGUCAGGCACACUGGACCUGUUCAGAAGUUGAUUGUAUAUCCUCCACCACCUACCAAGGGAGGAUUAGGGGUAACUAAUGAAGAUUUGGAGUGUUUAGAAGAAGGAGAGUUUCUUAAUGAUGUAAUCAUUGAUUUUUACCUUAAGUAUCUUAUAUUGGAGAAGGCAUCGGAUGAACUUGUUGAACGAAGUCACAUUUUUAGUAGCUUUUUCUAUAAGUGCUUGACAAGGAAGGAAAAUAAUUUAACAGAAGAUAAUCCAAAUCUUUCAAUGGCACAGAGAAGACAUAAAAGAGUAAGAACAUGGACUCGUCACAUAAACAUUUUUAAUAAAGAUUACAUCUUUGUACCUGUAAAUGAAUCGUCUCACUGGUAUCUUGCAGUCAUUUGUUUUCCAUGGUUAGAAGAGGCUGUGUAUGAAGAUUUUCCACAAACUAUAUCCCAGCAGUCACAGGCUCAGGACUCCCAACAUGACAACAAAACAAUAGAUAAUGAUCCACAAGCUACUUCAGCACUGUCUUUGAGUGCAGAGGAUUCUCCAAGUACCGAGAUGAACAUGUCAGUACCAAAGAAAAUGUGUAAAAGGCCAUGUAUUCUCAUACUUGACUCCUUGAAAGCUGCUUCUAUACAAAACACAGUUCAGAAUUUACGAGAGUACUUAGAGGUAGAGUGGGAAGUUAAGAGAAAAACUCAUCGUGAAUUCAGCAAAACAAACAUGGUGGACCUAUGUCCGAAAGUUCCUAAACAAGACAAUAGCAGUGAUUGUGGAGUAUAUUUACUGCAGUAUGUGGAAAGCUUCUUUGAGGAUCCUAUUGUGAAUUUUGAACUUCCAAUUCACUUGGAGAAGUGGUUUCCUCGUCAUGUAAUAAAGACCAAACGGGAAGAUAUUCGAGAACUCAUUUUGAAACUUCAUUUACAGCAACAGAAGGGCAGCAGUAACUAGUUAAUCUGUACAAACAUGACACAGAUGUUCUCUAAGAUUACUGGAAAGCCUCUUACCAGCAUUUGUGUUAGCCAGCUCACAGAGUGAAAAUAACUUGCGGUAGUUUUAUAAGUCAUUGGACAUUAUUUAAAAUAUAUAAGAUAUAUUAUUAGAAUUGUUUGGAUCUUAUAGAUGGUGUAGGAAUGGGGAUGAUAUAAACUUAUUAGAUAGAAAUUAAAAUUUCAUAAAUAUUUCAUAUUUUUCUGAGUAAAUAUGCUUGGAUUAUGCAAUAGUAUAUGUAAUGUGGGAAUGUUUUUGUAGAUAAUAAAACUACGUGAUCUGUACUUCCACAUGACUGGGUGUUGAGGGGAGUUAGGUCCUCCCAGUGCCAGCCCCAGAGCUUGUCAGAUUUGUUGACAAGUCACACCAUAUUGUAAUUCUAUUCUUUGCAGCUCAAGCAUGCAGUAUGAAUACUGUGUAUUUUUUUUUAGAAAAGAAUUUAGUAUCAAGGCUUCAGAAAAUGCCAUUUACGGCAUCCCUUCUGUAUGUUGUAAAAAAAGACAUUCAUAAUGUCAGGAAGAUGACGGAAAUCCACUCUUUUACAGCGCAGCUUAUUAUUCUUAAUUGCUAAAUGCAUUUUCUCCCAUUUCUUUUGAUAUCAUAUGUUGGGGUCUGAGAACUUAAUUCAUUUGUUCAGGGUAAAAUUUGGAACAAAAACAUUUAGCUUUCCAAAAUAGGUUUUUAAAAAUUAUACAUGUAGCUCACCUUUGUUUAUUUGAGGUAUAGCUGUAUAAAUAUUCACUCCUACAGUAUUCUAGAAUAUAUGUAUACAGUUUCUACAAUAUAGAAGAUAAAACUGAUGUCCUCACACUUUAACAAAAAAUACCCUCAUGUCCUAUUUAUUGCUAGAAAUAAAUAUAUAAUUUUAUAGCUCAGUUUAGCCAGUAUUCAUCUGCAAAGCCAGAUUGCUGUCAUUGCCUUUAUAUUUUUAAAUUGUAGUUUUUAAGAGACCUAUGAUCCUCAUUGAGCUUAAUUUUUUUUAUCAGAUAUUAAGGUAACAGCUCUAAAUUCAUGUGAUGAUGGUGGUAUUACCUAUGAUUAAACAUUUCAGAACCUUCUGAAGUUAUCAGGAAUAUUUUGAGGGAGACAUGAUUAUAGUGUAUUUUCUCAGAUAAGAAAAAUACUUUUUAACAAUAUUAUUUUAAUCCUCUGUGUUAAGCGUCUCUUGGAUUUACAUUGUAACUGUGUGUAAAGCAGUGAAGCAAAGCAAGUUAAGAUAAAGCUAAAACAUUUGGACGUAUUAUUUCAAAAUCAUGUGAAUUGAGAUUGUCAGUUAAGCCUGUGUCCUAAGCUUUUGUUAUCUUGUCACCAUCUUUAUAUUAUUAAAGAUAGUUGUCUUUUGGAGGUUUCAUAGAAAAAUGAUCAUAAUUACAUAUUUCAUUCCCAAUUUGUGUGUUUGUGUGUGUGAGACUUUUUAAGGUGACUAUUAAUUGUUUUGUACAUCUAAUUUUGGGAAAGCAAGUAAGAUACCUUGUGAUUUCUGAACUUUUUUGUUUGUAUGUUUUUCAAAGAUACCACUGUCCUUUAUCAUGUAUGGAAGAUUGUUUAAAAUUCAUUUUCCUAAAUUCAUGUACAAAUAAUGCCUUGAUGAUAUCAACAUUUUAUAUUAAAAAUAUUUCCAAUUCAUU